CCCAAGAAGAUGCAGCCACUCCUGCUCCUGUUGGCCUUUCUUCUGUGCCUCAGAGCUGAGGCAGGGAAAAUCAUUGGAGGCCAUGAGGCCAUACCUCAUUCUCGUCCCUACAUGGCAUUUCUUCAGAUCAAGACUCUUUUUGAAAAAAUAACCUGUGGGGGUUUCCUGGUACGUGAAGACUUCGUGCUGACAGCAGCUCACUGCAGGGGAAGCUCAAUGAAGAUCAUCCUAGGGGCCCACAACAUCAAGAAGCGGGAGAGCUCCCAGCAGGUCAUCCCCGUGAAAAGAGCCAUCCCCCACCCAGACUAUCAACUUAAGAAAGCUCACUUGAAUGAUAUCAUGUUACUCCAGUUAAAGAAGAAGGCCAAGCUGAGUGACAAAGUGAGCCUCCUCAGGCUGCCCACAAAGACAGCCAAGGUGACGCCGGGGAUGGUGUGCAGUGUAGCCGGCUGGGGGUCAACUGGUGUGAAAAAAACCACAGUGAAACUGCAUGAGGUAGAGGUCAAAAUCCAAACGGACCAGGAAUGUACGCUUUACUUCAGAAGCUAUUACAACGAAAGCAUCCAUAUUUGUGUUGGGGACAAGAACAUCAACAAGUCUUCUUCACAGGGGGACUCUGGAGGUCCCCUCGUGUGUAAUGAUGUGGCCCAGGGCAUUGUAUCCUUUGCAAAGGAAGAUGGGACCCCACCACGUGUCUAUACCAAGAUCUCAAGCUUUAUGCGCUGGAUAGAAGAAACAAUGAGAUCCUUCAAACUGCAAGGGCCAGACUGA